AUUUAAUUUGCUUAUGUCGGCCCCAUCAAGAAAUUCCAAAAGAAAUCACACAACCACAACCAAUCAAGGUCUUCCAGGCCCAGCAAGCUACGAACCUAAAAUGGAGGUUUCACAUGCAAAUGCACCCAGAUGGACAAUGAGUGGAACUAACUCCAGAGAGAUACCCAUCAUCAAAAACAUUCCCGGCCCAGGAUAAUACGACGUCAAAUUGCCCGAAUCUUAACGAAAGACCCUAAUUUAUGGAAAGGCUUAUCAAAUAGACAAGGAAGCAUAACAGAAACCAGGUCCAGGAACCUACAAAGUUGAAAUUUCUCAGCUCUCCAGAACAGGAUUCAAAAUUGGCAGCGAAAAAAGAUACAAGGACGAAAAAAAAUUGUCACCAGGACCCGGAGAUUAUCAUUUAAUAAUGAAAAAUCAUGUUACCUCUUAUAUCAUUGGAUAAUAGACCAGAUCAGGAAAAAUCUAUAGUAAUCAUGUAGGUCCUGGACAAUACGAGAUUCCUUCAUUAUUAAAAACCGACGGAGGAUUUAAAAUGAUUCCACGUCGAGAAAAAACCGUAUCCAUGAUCACUCCUGGUCCUGAUGCCUACGAGCAACUCAGAUAAGAAAGAGUUAAGUCAUUCAAAAUUGGAACUAGCAAGAGAGAGGGGAUUUAUUAGAAGUCCACAUCUCCAGGUCCUGCCAAUUAUGAAGUCCAGGCAAUCAAAGAAAGUGUUGGAUAUACAAUAGGCAAAGGAUAAAGAUAAGAUACGAAACUAGAGGUGUUGCCAGGACCAGGAACUUAUAAACCCAACAAACCUAGUAAUGCUCCCAAAUACUCCAUCUAUUAAAGAUAUAGGGAAAAGACUGAAAAUGCAGGUCCUGGACCCUAAUCAUAUACCAUAGGGGAGUUUAGAGAAACCAAAAGCAUAAUAUUUGGACAAGCUAAAAGAGAUAGUUAAAAUAAGAUAUAGAUACCCGGACCAGGAGAAUAUGAUACCGAAAUAAAAGUUAAGAAGCCUUAAGUGAGUAUUGUGUUUGGAAGAGAGAAGAGAUCUUAGAGUUGCUCUGAAAAUACAUAUAUGCCUGGACCUGGUGCAUAUGAUAUAACAUCUAAUUUUUUGUUGAAAAAGAAAUGAUUGAAUAAGAUUCACAUUUUUAUUGUUCUAUAUCAUCUUAUAAA